UGUAGGCUUGGCGUAUGAGUCGGCCAUAGGCCCCAUUGUUUGGUAUUGGACUCGAAAUUAUAUUUCUUGUUCUGUGAAUAAUUCGUGGGGUUCCCACUUCUUAGACCUUGUGAGUCAUAAAGAAGCCACGUUUUCGGCCUUUUGAAGGACUUCCUAAAAUAGGUCUGAGAAGCCAACUUGUCGCAAUUUCAUUUUUGAGUGAAAUUAUCUGGAGAACUGUCAACGCUACUGUUCAAACGAAGACCACGCGGCUGAGGAGACGGUCUGGACCGAAGGAGUAACGCCAUCUUCUUCCCAAAGCAUCCGUCGAGAACCUAAAGCAACAUGUCAAUCAAGAAGGGAUACUGCCUUGACGAUGAUUACGACUUCAUAUUGAAAUUGGUCCUCACAGGUGAUUCCGGUGUGGGCAAAAGCAACAUCCUCCUCAGAUACACCGAUAACCGGUUCGUGGCGGGAAGUAAACCAACCAUAGGAGUGGAGUUCGCCAAUAAGAGUGUGAAAAUCGAAGACAAGACGAUCAAAGCGUCGGUGUGGGACACAGCUGGGCAAGAGGUGUUCAAGGCUGUUACAGCAGUCUACUACCGCGGUGCCCAGGGAGCAUUACUUGUCUACGACAUCAGCAGACACAAGACAUUCGAGAACUGCGAAACGUGGCUGCGGGAAAUCAGGAACUUUGCAGCAGACGACAUUCCCUGCGUACUCGUUGGCAAUAAAUGUGAUCUACGUCAUCUGCGUGACGUCACGGUGGAAGAAGGGAAGGAAUUGGCGGAGAAAAAUGGACUUUAUUUUAUGGAAACAUCGGCCAAAGAUGCUGAGAAUAUAGAAGCCGCAUUUGAGGUGCUUUUUAAAAGCAUUCUCGAGAGAAAAUACAACGUUCGAUCAAAGUCCGACCUCUCCGUACCAAGCACGGACCAACCUGAUGCAGAUGCGCCGCUGAGCGGACGCGACACCCGCAUCAUCAAGCUAUCAGAGGAGGACAGAGUAGACGAGAACGGAACAAAGCAGACGACACAUGGAAACAACAGCACAAACUUGAAAGAGAGACUCCGUCCAAAACAAUGCUCUGGCUGCAAGACGUAAACCCAAUGCAUUUCAGUCAGUUCAACUUCUUAAAAAUGUUAAAAUUCCAUUUAUAAUUGUUUUACUUCAUGAGGAAACUUUUGGGAGACAUAAACUAUUGCUACAUAUAGAAAUGUACUUUGCUCUUGCUGCCGUCAAUCCUCUUGUGUUCAUGAAAUAGGGAGGCUUCGUAUUAAAACUACCCGCUAUUCGCAUAUGAGUAUGUGCGUGCUCCCAAUGAGCCAGAGCAAAAUGGCCGUAGAUGGUACAUGUAUUUUCCAUCACCAUGAAGUCACUCCUGACGUUAAAAGUGAAGUUGCUAAACCUCUCUGGUAUAUAUAUCCUGCGCUAUUAUGAACAAUUCAGUGAUGUAGCACUGAGACUCAUCAAUUCGAACAGACGGGCGUUCUUUGUACAGUUAUAUACAGUCAUGUAUUAGGAAGGCAGUUCAGCUUUAAAUAAUGCAUUUUCUCCAUCCCUCCUUCCCCAAAUUUAUAAAAUUACCUAUUGCACAUAACCCGCCUUCAUAUCGUGAAUAUAAUAUAUAAACUACCUGAUAAUCUUUGAUUGAAUGUCCAUCCCCAUGAUAUUAUAUAGCCUACCCGUACUCAAAAGCAUAUCGUAAUUUUUUCACCGCAAGCUAUCAAUAAAUGUAUUAGAUAUGUCUACUGAUGA